ACAUUUGUUAUUUGUCAUUGCAAAAUAUGAUAAAUACGGAGCUGAUUUCAAUUUCUAACUAAAAAUCUUUAUUUUCAGCUCUUAUUUUAGUCAUAGUUGCGUGGAAAACGAUUACUUACUUAAUCAAAGACGUUUAUAAGUGCACACCAUGUCGUCUAGUCGUUCAAAGACAUCGAUUCUUGACAAGCCUCUUAGCAAAGGAAAAGGGGAGGUUUCGCUGGCUUUUUACGCUUUAUUGUUCUCUGAAAUCGUCCAGUAUUGUCAGAAUAGAUCACAUUCUAUUCAAGAACUACAGAAUAAAUUAUCAGAUAUAGGACAGGAUGUGGGCACAAGACUUCUGGAUCUCUACUUUGUAAGAGAGAGGAGUAGCAAGAGAGAGAUAAAGCUGCUGAACAUUUUGCUCUUUGUCAAGUCUACUCUCUGGAAGGUACUUUAUGGUAAAGAGGCGGACAAACUGGAACACGCUAAUGAUGAUGAGAGAACAUAUUAUAUUAUAGAGAAGGAUGCAUUGGUGAACAAAUUCAUCAGUGUGCCUAAAGAUAAAGGCUCUUUAAACUGCGCGACAUUCAACGCUGGGAUCAUAGAGGCAGUGUUGACUAAAAGUGGAUUUCCUGCCAAAGUGACUGCCCACUGGCAUAAAGGCACAACUUACAUGGUCAAGUUUGAAGAUUCCGUUAUCACCAGGGAUAAGUCGCUUGAUGACCGCUAAACGUUGAUGUAUCAUUAUAUAAGUAUUAUAGUUUAAUGCUAAGUGUAUGUGAAGCUUGUUCGAUUUCUGAAUUAAAAUGUUUAUGAGAA